GAGGUUAUUUCCCACUUGAUGAAGUUAUCCUUAUACUUACAAACACGAGGUCUUGGUUUAGCAGAUGGAUUCCACAGAAUGAAUGCCACAAAAGCUGUUCUUCAACAGAUGGAAUCAGUAAUUUGGGAAUAAAGAAGUUAGGUUCCUGGCAAACAAAUUUGAAGAAUUUUUUGAUUGUGAUUUGGAGGAUAUGCUUCAGGAAUGGACCCUAUUGAAGGCAAUUAUUUAUGAAAGGUACCAGAGCAGGAUUACUUUGACCUGGCCUACCGUUCAUACCCAGUUAGCUAAUCAUGGUGUUCAGAACGUGUUAAGGCUUUUGGACUUGAUUCUUUGUUUUCCUCCAACAUCAGUUGCCAAUGAGUGUACCUUUUCAGCAAUGAAACUCUGCAAGGGCAAGCGAAGAGGAAGGAUGAAGACAACCACACUGAAUGACUUGCUGACCAUUCAGCUUCAGUCCAAAUCAAUCCAGGAAUUUGAUCCUGACAAAGCAAUUAAACUCUGGAUGAAAACUCCAACUGGGCAACAAAGGCGUCUGAACUAUACAAGAAGAACUCCUGUGGCAGCUUCUUUGAAUACACAUUAUGCAGAACCUAUUGAUGUUGAGGUAUUGGAUUCAAAUGAGGGGGUGGAGGAGGAACCACAAGUGUCUGUCUCUGAUAUCCCGGAGGUGGAAAAUGAGGUUGAAAUGGAAGUCGAAGGAGAGACUGUCACUGAGAGUGACACAGAAUCAGAUUCUGAUAGUGAUCGUGAUAAUGAACUAACAGAGCUUGAAGUUGAAAGAGAACUAGAGAGAAUAUAAAUGCAGAUAUUAACUUUAAGAAUAAAAUGACUUUAAUAAAACUUUUCUGUGAGUUUUUUCUUGGGCAUGUAAAUUUUUGUUCGGGCUGGUACAAUUCAUUGAUACACCUGCCCGAAGGGCAGGUGUUGAAAAAAAUUUUUGGU